AUGCCAUGGUCCGGUCACUUUGCGUUUGUGCAAAGUGCUCGAUCUCAAGCUCUGCUGCGUCGCUCCAGAGCGAUCUUUCUGAUGAGGGGACUGCCUGGCAGUGGCAAAAGCAGAAUCAUCAAGGACCACAUAUCGCGAUUGCUACCUAGCGCCACCAUUUGUUCGGCUGACGACUUUAUGAUGCAGGAUGGAAAGUACUGCUUUCAGAAGACAAAGUUGAAGGAUGCCCACGCCGACUGCUUCAAGCAUAGCAUGGCUGCUGCGGCUAGACGUGUGCCUGCACUAUGCAUUGACAACCAGCACACUGCAGCCUGGACAACCCAUAGGGUGCUCUUGCUAGCUCGGGCAUACCAGUACAUGGUGUUUGUGCUGGAGUCUCGUACACCGUGGAGACGUGAUCCGGCCGCGUUGGCAGAGAAAUGCAUACAUGGUGUCGGUGAAGAGCACGUUGAGCUUGCUCUGAAGGCCUAUGAACCAAUGCUAGCCGAAUACUAUGGGUGGUUUCUUCCACAGGCUGAGUCGGCAUAUCUAAAUCGUGUGGCACGGCAUUACUUCUCUCUGUCACUCUCAAGGAGUUAUUCAUUCUCAAACUGGUACAACUUGCUGCUGUCCAGUACGAAGGCAGUAGAUAGCUUUACAAAACUUGCUUCAAUAGAUCCCAGCCGUCACUAUGCCAGCGUGGAUACAGUGUUGUUUGCAAAUGCAACACCGUUUUUAAACGCUGCCAACAACGGAGGUGGGGAAGAAGAGGUGGAGCAGGAUUUGAGGAGGCGGGUUUGCUAUAGCACGUCAAGGAAGGUCUGCUCGCACCUGACCUCGAGUGCACCUCUCCGUGUCUUCUCCGUGUACUUCACGCCACGCUCGUGCGGUGCGCGAGUGUUCGUACCUGAGCAGGUCGUCGACCUGUGUGAAGCAGCGGACGAGCAUGAAGAUCGCGAUGUGGGUGUGGAAUGCAGCGCUGACUCGCCGGCCUUGGCUGAUGCUGAAGUGGCAGCCAUGCAAGACGGUCCGGUGACCUGGGCAGAGCGUGAGCAGUUCUGCCCAUUCUACAGUACCAGCGAGCCUGGCGCACUGGUGCACGUACGGCUGGGCCAGCAGGAUGGUCUAGCGCAGCGCCAGUGCAUUGAUGACCUCACAACUAUAGUGCAAGAUGAGAUUGAUAGAGCAGCUCAGGCAGCAACUGGUCAUGACAAUUGCGAUGUGGUUAAUUUAGGUGAUGCCACUGUCAGAGAAUAUGGGGACGCUUGGGUCGUCUAUUUCAAUAAGCCCAUUGAGAUCCAGGGCCUCUUCACUGGAUCCUACAAUUCCAGUAAGCUCUCAGCAACCUGA